CUGCUUUAGUUAUUGUUCCGAGGCUACACACCUUCCCUCUUAAUUUUAAAUAGUGUACAGUUACAGUACACAGGAUACUGGGAUAUUCCCUGGUAAGCAAUGAGGUUGCAAGGUCUAGAGAUUAUCAUAUUUUCUGACAAUGAUUUAAAAUUACAUUACCUAUUCUGAAUGUCAUUUUCGACACUGUCGUAUCGAUACCUUUUCAUUACUACCCCUAUACUUAUUAUACUCUUUGUUCAUUACAAUAAGCUGCAAAGAGUAAGCUUAAUGUAAAAGUGAACGAAUAUAAGAAUUGGAUAAAAAGCUAGAAUAUUACGAUAAAAAUUGGUAUUUUGUUACUUGAUAUCUAUUAACUUUUGACUGAGAUAACACUAUUGUAGACAAACUACAAUGGACGAAAAUCGUACUGAACACCAUCAUCCUGAUUGUCCUCACAUUAUUACAAUGUCGGAUAGUGUUACUGUUAAUUCUUCUUCGCAAUUACCAGUGUGUAAAUGUAUUUUAAGUGAAGAACCGUCUCAAGAAGUGCACAUUCCGGAGUACAAGCAACGGAUGUUUUCAUCAACUUUACGCACAGAAGAGUACUUACGAGAACGUCGUAUUCCUGAACUUAUAAGAUUUAUUUUAGCUAAAAUAAUUGCUGCUAAUCCAUCUGACCCGGCGAACUAUGUAGUAAAUCUUCUAGAGCAAUGCAUGUUGUUCCGUUCGGGGUAUGGAAAACCUCCAGUACUGUAUGAAGAUAGACACUUGAAGGCUAUCAUUAAAAGUUUUGAUCCUGGUGACCGAGGUUGGCUUUCUGCUGGGCAAUUCCGCAGAGCGUAUAUUACACUAUGUUUUCUUCCAGACAAAACAUUGCAAGAAAAGAUACCAACGGAUAUGGCAAUAAAAAAAUUACAAGCUACUCAAGAACUAGAAUUAUUUUGUUUAUUAAAUGCUGGAAAUGCAGAGGUUUUAUCCGAAAUUCAGUCAACGAACAUGAUUUAUUUCUAAUGAUUAUUAUUCUUUACCAUUUUACGUAA